AUAUAGAUAUCUAACCACGUAUUAAAGUGGAUUGUAUUUGUAUAUAUAAUCUCUAAUUCGUAUAUUUCACUAUUAAAUUAAAAAAAUUAUAGCUACGCUUUGUAAUCGUGCAAACUUUAUCACUGCCUUAUACAAACUUCAGCUAUGGCGCAUUAUUUCUUAUCUAAAUGUUAGUUAUUUCUAAAAUUUUAAUAGUGAAUGGAUCGGCCCGUCAACGGUGAUCUAAAUCUAAAUACGGGUCGGGUCAAUCCAAGUCUGCCCCAAUUCAAACCCCACUCUCUAAUCCAAUCCUUCAGUCUUCACUCUUUCACUUUCAAACGCAAAAUGGAAGCUGUAACUAUUGCUUCCCAAUUCUCGCCGGCGACGGCAAUACGGCGGUCGUCUCCGGCGACUUGCCGUUCAUCAGCUCCCAAACGUACUGUCGCCUUUUCGCCUUCUCCUAAAUCUUCUAUAUCGACCAGCUUUAUCUCCCCAUUCGUCGGCAGUAGUGUAAACUCCGACUUCUCGGGUCAGAGAAUCCGACCCGAUUACCUUCGCGGUUCUUCCUCUAGCUCUCCUCCUAAACGUGCUGUUGUCACUAUGGUUAUUCCUUUCGUAAAAGGAACCGCAUGGGAGCAACCUCCUCCGGAUUUAGCAUCUUACUUGUAUAAGAAUCGAAUUGUUUACUUGGGCAUGUCUCUAGUUCCAUCAGUGACGGAACUGAUACUAGCUGAAUUUCUUUACCUUCAAUAUGAGGAUGAGGAAAAGCCAAUCUAUCUUUAUAUAAAUUCUACUGGGACAACCAAGGAUGGUGAAAAGUUGGGUUAUGAGACAGAGGCGUUUGCUAUAUAUGAUGUUAUGAGAUAUGUCAAGCCACCUAUAUUUACUCUCUGUGUUGGGAAUGCAUGGGGAGAAGCUGCCUUGCUUUUGGCAGCUGGUGCAAAAGGAAAUCGUGCUGCAUUGCCCUCAUCUACAAUUAUGAUUAAGCAGCCAAUUGCUCAGUUUCAGGGUCAAGCGACAGAUGUUGAGCUCAUGCGGAAAGAAGUAAAGAAUGUCAAAGCAGAAUUGGUGAAAUUAUAUGCAAAGCAUAUUGGAAAAUCACCUGAGCAGAUUGAAGAAGACAUAAGACGUCCAAAGUACUUUAGUCCUACUGAAGCACUAGAAUAUGGAAUUAUUGAUAAGGUUCUAUACAAUGAGAGGGGAAGAGAAGAUAGAGGAGUUUUAUCUGAUCUGAAGAAGGCCCAGCUUAUCUGAAAGGAGUCAGAAGUCCCAUCAGCCAUGAAACCACAGGGAUUGAGGUCCAGGGUGGCGUUUGACAUCUACCUUUCACCGGCAAUUCAUCAACAAGGCUAUUCCUCAUAAUGGACGCUCCCUUUAAUCUACAAUUAUUAGAGCUCACCAACUGGGACAGCUAUUGUACUUCUUUUAUACAGAUCUUAGUCACUUAGAUUCUGCAUUCUGUGUUAGCUCAACAGAGUAGCCUAUGGAAUGCAUGUAAAGUUUGGAACUACGCAGAAUGUUUAAUUAGAUGUUCCAACAUUUCAAUAUAAUAUUCCAAUUGCAUGUCUUUUCACCAA